ACCAAUUCUAAAACUCAAAGAAAGAGAAAAACAAUUGGAGACAUGAGAAUCUUAAUAAAAAUAUGCUCAAUUAUCAUGGCAAUAAUCCCAAGUUGGAUUUUAAGCAUGCCAUUAUUCCUAUUUCUCAAAAAGAAACAAGAACAAGUGUAUAAAAGGGAAUUUGUGAACAUAUUAUCAUCAGCAUUAAAGCUGGAUGGUAAUAUUGAAGGUGAUGGUGAGCUACCAAAGGGGCUACAACGCGAAUUGAUGCCGCGGCAUGUGGCUAUGAUAUUGGAUGGGAAUCGGAGGUGGGCUAAGAAGAGAGGGCUUAUACCUGUUGAAGGCUAUGAAGCUGGUCUCGCGACUUUAGGGGAGAUUAUUACUCUGUGUCGAAGAUGGAAUAUUCCUAUUAUCUCGCUUUUUAUGUUCUCAUCUGAGAACUGGCUUCGUCCAAAGGUGAGUUUGAUUUCUAAGGAUUUUUUGUGUUCUUUUCACCUUCAUUCUAUAAAAGACAUAUUAGAUGAAGUUGACUUCUUGCUCGAACUUUUCGAAGGAUCAUUGAAGUACUAUCUACUACGCAAUUGUCGUAGAUAUGGAGGACGAGUUUCUGUGAUUGGAGAUAGAUCUCCACUAUCUGAUUCCUUAAGAAAAGCAGUUGAAGAAAUCGAAGAAGAAACAAAAGACUACAAAGGGAUUCAUCUUGUUUUAGCAAUGAGUUACAGUGGUCAAAAUGAUAUAGUACAUGCUUGUCAAAACAUUGCUACCAAAGUGAAGGAUGGCCUUCUUCAACCCGAAGAUAUAACCAAGUCUUUGUUUGAAGAACAUCUUCAAACUAAUGUUACGGACAUGCCAUUACCCGAUUUGCUCAUUCGAACAAGCGGCGAAUUACGUAUAAGUAAUUACUAUCUUUGGCAAUCAGCUUAUAGUGAGAUGUAUUUCACUGAUACUCUUUGGCCUGAUUUUGGAGAAGAUGAAUUUGUUAAGGCAUUACGUUCAUAUCAACAAAGAGGAAGACGAUUUGGAAGAGCAUGAUAGAAUCAUCUUUAAAUCGAAACCCUAUGUAA